AUGAGUGGGACUCCCACCAACAACAAACAAUCUUAUCAACAACAGCAAAGUGGUGAUCCGUUCAUGAAGACCUAUACCAACAUUCAUAAGAGAGGCUGCCGUAUUAAGGUGAUGAAUCUUGAUAAUAUGGGUGAUACGAUUCAUCAUCAUCAACACUAUCCUCAAUCCGAAGGUUGGGCAAUUAACUCCUCCAUCCCAACACAACGUAUCAAUUACAACUCCUAUAAUUUUUCUCUCCGUUCCAUGUUUAUGGCGUCAUUAUUCUAUUGUUGUUGCUUGUUGUUAGUAUUAUCAAGUACUAGUAUUCUAGUAGGCAAUGUGAAUUCCUUACCAAUUUGUAACGGAAGACUCUCAACAGACAAUUUAGUUUGCUCGGGUCACGGUUGGUGUACCGAGGCCGGUGUGUGUAUGUGCGAUCCUGAUUACAAUGGCACUAAUUGUGAACAAUUUACAUGCAAUGGAAUUGCAAUUGGAAUGUAUGGUGUUUGUAGCGGACAUGGACAAUGUAUAGAGCCACUUGGUUGUAAAUGCGAUGUUGGAUAUAAAGGACUCGCAUGUGAACAGUCCUAUGAUCCUAAUGCUCCUUCAAGUAGCAGUUGCAUUACGGAUGCAAGCGGUAAAUGUACAAGCUCAUCUUCCAUUUCACAAACAUCAGCAUUAGGUAAUGCACAAGCAGAUUCUGGAACUUCCUCAUGUACAUCACCCUUGGAUGUUAUAACAAACCCUCUAUGUUCAAUUCCAACCAGUGGUGCAACGAGUUCUUGGUCUUUCACUGAAGAUUUCAAGAUGUAUUUCACCUUGAACGAAACAAAACAAGUAGGAUCAUUCAGUUUUGUUGUUGAUAGUUUCAAUCCAGACUAUCAGUUAUUACUUGGUAGUGGCGUAACAUUGGAGACUAUGGACAAAAUGCGAGGCAAUGCUCUCUCCUUCUCUGGCAAUGGCGGUAUAACACUCGACAAAAGUCCCAUUUCAUACAUGUCAAACAAUUUUACCAUUAGCUUUUGGAUCAAGUUCGACUCAAUUAGUAUUGGAUCUCAACAAACCAUAUUUUCAAUCAACAGUUCAGAUGCUUAUUGGUCGUUUUCAUUCAAUUCUUUUACAGCUUUAUUUAAAAGCCAAGUGCAAGCCGAUAGUUCUUGCUCAAUUCCAACUGAUGUGAUGAACGAUUCGGACUAUAAUCAUGUAAUCAUUUCAAAAACUAUGACCACAGGUCUUAAAAUAUUAGUUGGAAGAUCCAAUACAACCACUCAAUACUUUACAUGCAUUAAUGAACCAACAUUCGCUUCCGACCUUAAUAAUCCACAAAGGGUGGAAGGAAACAGUGCCAUAGGAUUCAAUGCAAAUUCAAGGUCUGAAUUCUUUGCAGAUACUCAACGAACGAAUCACUGUGCAAUUAUGGUGAUUGUUUAA